UGCGGACUGCUCUUGCUCACUUCGGCAAACUGCGCUGCGCAAAUGUCUGUUGCGUUCUGAUUUCGGCUGUCAUUUGUCACAUUUUGGCAACAUAUUGACUUAAUAACCUUCAGUGUCCGGAGAUACAAACACAAUUUCAAAGGAUUUGGCGCAAAGAAAGGUCUUUCGGUGUCCGUCUGCUCGGCUGCCUCCUGGUCUUUCUUUGCCCAUGACAGUUUGAAGACAACGCCGAGGAUAUAGAUCCGUCUUCGGCAAGGAGAGCACUUGGAGGAAGACGACGAGAGCUAACAGAACUUGACGAUUUUGGGUGGAUCUUUUUUCUGCAUGUUGCCCGGAAUGGUGUAAUGUGAUCUGAAUCUCCCACACAUGCGGUUUGUUACAUUCAAAUUAACUUACUCACACAGCACAAGAAACGAGUGGUUCAGGAAGUAUUGGUGGAUGUUUUACCGAGGAAACUAAAUUUGUCUCAGACCAUAACUCUGAUUUUCAUCUACACAUCUUCUCUGGACAUUUUCUGUGGAUUCUUACUGCGACCGGGUUGCGAUACUUGCUGUCCGAGUCUCCAAGCUGCUAGGAAGGAUGCGCUUGUUGCUAUGAAUACACGAUCAGACUGCACUGUUGAAUAAAAGGAAACAUUCAUAUCUACAAUCGCCCAGCUCUCUCUGAAAGAACUUUAUCACUUGAGUGUACCAAAAUCUGUUGCGAUCCUUUUUACACAGGAUAUAUAGAUUUCAUACUGGCAACGUAUGACUUUUUACACCAUCUUUGAGUAAUCGGCAACAUUAGUAACAAAGCUUAUAGUGUGGACAAUCGGCAUCGCUCAGGUGCAGUGAUCCAUUAUUGCUGUAACUCAUUCAUUCAGUUGAGAAAGCGAAUAGCUUAUUUUUAAAAAGCCGGGCAUUCCGAUGUGAACGCCGCUCUGUCCGUUCAUACCGAAGUUGUUAUCGUAGACACUGCAUCGCGAGGAUCUGCGUGUCAAAGUUAGAUAAUGCCGCAACUGGAAACGAUUUUGUUUGUUUUUCACAUCUUCUGGACGUGCGUGUUCACUCAAGAACCGGCCUCCAAGGUGGUUGCUGAUCGCUAUGCAGUCUUUUGGAACCGAACAAACCCCAGGUUCUACCGGAAUGACUAUCACAUAGACGUGUGCAUCAAUGACUAUCUGGACGUCUACUGCCCGCACUACGCAGACUCGGUGCCUGAGGAGCGCACCGAGCGCUACGUGCUCUACAUGGUCAACUACGACGGCUACAGCUCGUGCGACCACAUGGCCAAGGGCUUCAAGCGCUGGGAGUGCAACCGACCGCACUCGCCCAACGGCCCGCUCAAGUUCUCCGAAAAGUUCCAGCUCUUCACUCCCUUCUCUCUGGGCUUCGAGUUCAGACCAGGACGCGAGUACUACUAUAUCUCCUACACCGUCGCAGAGAAUGGGAGACGGAGCUGCCUGAGGCUGAAGGUUUUCGUCAGACCAGCCAACAACUGUGUGAAAACUAUCACUGUUCAUGAUCAAGUGUUUGACGUCAAUGACAAAGUGGAUAAUUCUAUAGAGCCGCGAGACGACACGAGUCAUGAGUCGGCCGAACCCUCCAGAGGGGACGUCAACGCGGCCGCCCGCUGCAGGACCCCUGCCCUGCUGCUGGCCACAGCCCUGCUCCUCCUGGCAGCCCUCGCCUCGUUAUAGCCUCCAACCCCGGGGGAGCGGACACACACACACAAACACACACUCACACACACACACCUGUGAGGAGGGCCACUCGAAAAAGGAGCACUUUUUUCAAUCCAGUUUUUACUCAUCUCUCUCUGUCGCUUUCUUUCUCUCUCUCUCUCUCUCUCUCUCUCUCUCCUUGACUCUCUCUCUCUCCGUCUGUGACUCGCGUCAGUCGGCUGGGAUCCACGAGACGGCCCUCUUUUGUUUUGUUUUUUUUGGGGUUUUUUUCUCUCGUGUUGCAGUUGCAGUAAGAUGCCAAAAGUGUUUUGACACUUCAGUGUUUCUAAUUGUCCAACGGAGUCAUUUUUUGUACUGUCUCCCUUUCUCAGCUAACACACACAAAUACGCCCCCCUCCCCAAUAUACACACACACACGCAUAUGAAUUAACUUGCUCACACAUCUCUGUCAGUUUCUAUAAAAAUGGGUCUGAUGGGAAGAGAAAUGGACAUUGUGUGGACUGCCUCAGGUCUGUCUCACUGGAGGACUCUUACUAGUGUGAACAUGGAGGCAGUCAGGCGACCUUGAGCGCCCUGACCAUACGGACAUGAGAGUGUUUCUUCUUCUUCUUUUUUUUUUUGAACAUGGACGCCACCACCAUGAAGAUCGGAUGAUGGAUAUUGUUGCUUGGAAACAUAUCACCACUGUGUGUGAGAGGGUCAUAUCUGGGCUUUUGUGAUGGAUAGCUUAUGGGGGACCUUUGUGGAGGUGGGUGUGCUAACUUGCUGUAUUGUUAGAAGGAAGGAGAAGCACUCAAGUGUUUGUUUGUUUUUUGUAUGAUGUGUAUAGUAAAGACAGGGGAAGAUGCAUGCUGCAUCUUUGAAGAGCAUUUCAUAUAGAGUGAAGCAUUCAAGUACGGCCUUGCUCCAUAAUCUGAGUAAAUAUCCUAAUUAGUUUUUUUUUUUUUUUUUGGCAGAACAGUAUUUUCCUAUUUAUUGUUCAGAUUUUGUUCUGUUCCUGUUCUGUCAUUGCCAAUUGUCUGUAUGCAGGUGGAAAAAAACAAAUGCCCAGUUUUUAAAAUGUAAAAAAAAAACCUGUUUGUACUCAGUAUUUGAUGCAGACACGUCAUGGUUUGAGCUGAACCAGUUGUCAAGAAGAAAAAUCAGGGAUGAAGAGUAUGGCUUUUCACCAUAUUUGCCAUAGGCAUCAUCUGUGGUAGUUUCUCAACAGACUUUUUUCAUCUGAUGUUCGGGUCCACAUUUGAAUGAGUAGAACACCAUCUGUAAUUAAGUGCUUUCAAAUGCAGCAAGCCAAUCCACCCCCAUCCCAGACUCUUUAUAAACAUGCAUCAGCUUCAAGUUUGCAUUUCUCUCCCAAUCAACAUGUUUUUUUUCUUGAUUAUCAUAAGCAUACAUAAUUAUGGGUAUUAGGAAUGAUAAAAAAAAACACUGCUUUCAGGGAUUGAUACAUUUUUAAGCAUGGAGUUAACAUAAAAUAAAUUAUUUUUUUGAAUCUUUGACAAAAUAAUGGAGGAUGAAGUCAGAAUUAGUUUUUUUCAGCUUUUGAAGUGCUCGCACACACCUAACCUACACCUCCCCCAUCCACCACCCACCCCACCCAACCCCUCCAUCCCAAGUAUCGUGGUGCUGACUAGCCUGGCCGUAUCAUGCCUUCUGCACUGAAACGCUGCCCAAGCAUUGACUGAACGUUUGUGGCUGGUGGCUUAGGCAGCUGACAACCGUCUGUGAUUUAAUGGACCCUUUGAUGUUGUCCAGAGUGUCAAAGCAUGCAGCCCACAUACUGGGAGGCCUUGUGCCGGGUUAUUUCUGGAAUUAAAAAAAUCAAGUCGAGCAGGGGAGGGCUUGUUGUCCAGUUCAGCUGUGGAGUAGCCUUACCACUGCAAAAAAACUCGGCCAGGAAACAGAGCGGGGGGGAUUUGCUUGCAGAGAGAGUAACGCUCCCUCUGUGAUCAAUAGAAUUGGCUUUUUUUACACACACACACACACACAGAGAAAACCAACCAAGGGGAAGCAUUCGCUACUCCCCCUCCUUCUUGCAUCCCUGCAGUUAUCAGGUGCAGUUAGCCUGUGGUGGUCCUGCCAGCACUGUCGCGUUGUUGCUUGUGUGAUACAGUGGCGGUUUUCUCUUUUAAGAUUUUGUCGGUCGCUCUUCGUUCCAGGUGUACACGUAAAACAUAGCAAAAUAGACGCUCUUUGUAAAGCCGUCAUUCAGUGCGUGUGGGUGACGGCCCUCUUGGAGUAGCACUGCAUUAGUUAGGUUUUUAAUAUAAUUAUCCAGACAUGUAACACAGGGGAAUGCGAAUCCGCUCACUUUUGUGGAUACUGUGUAUCCGUAGCUAGUCUAUAUAACAUGCAGUGUUAGUGCAGCAAGAUGUAUUUUGUACCUCUCCUGAAGGACAAAGAAAUAAAUAAUUGAGACACAUAGCAAGAGUGAAAAAAAAAACAAUCUAAUAACAUUUGAUAUCAAAGUAUUAAUUUCAUUUGGAUGUGCUUUUUGUAUGAGAUAAAGAAAACAAUGUUAUGGUUCCUCUUCUCUUGUACCCGAUCUGUACAGUUUGUUCAUUUGAAUGAGGACUAUCCUAACUGUCCAAAAUCCCACAGAUUGUUUUAUAAUUAAUUGAUUUAACCCCAACCCCCACCCACCCACCCGAAAAGUCCUUGGAUGUGUGUUUGUGGUACACUGCAUUCAGACACCGAGCGUUAGUGCGUCACCAGUAGAAGUGCACUCCAAAUAAAGUGCUAUUAUCCCCCUCCCCUCCUGAUCACACCUGGGUCACUUGAGUAGACUUGAGCUCGUUUUAAGUGUUGAUGUCUGUGAAUGCUUGUCUGAAGCUUCACAUCUAUCCGUGUUGAGUCCUUGCACUUGGACAGUCAUUCCGUUCCAGGCUGCCCAUUUUAUUUUUAUUUUUAUUUUGUCCUUUUUGUUUUAUUUUAUUGUACUUUUUGUUUACAGACGCCUCUCCAGAAUGGCCUUUGUAUGUACUGUGAUGUGCUAUUUUCUAUACUGACUUCACACAAGAAAUGGGAAUGUCAAUUUUGUUUUCCUCUCCUCAUGUACAUUAACUCCCAACACAGACUCUGUUGCUUAGUCAUACUCGUGGACGUUUGUUUGUUUGUACACAAAGCAAAAAAACAAAAAACUGUCAGAAAAUGAAGGUAUCUUAUUAGUGCCACAGCUCAAUCAGUGCUCGACGUUCAAACCCUGUGUCUUGUAAUGGGGAUGGGUGCUGUUCUGCUGAAUGGAACUAACAUCUCUUAAGUAUUUGUGUUUUUGGCCUUGUGCGUCUGUUCCAGUUUGUCACCACACCCUCCUGUGUCAUGGAACAUCUGUCUCUCCUCCGAAUGGGGAGUAGUCCGUCUACUACCUGUCCAGGAACAUAUGAAAAUUGUACAGAUCUCGUAGAGAUAAUGCAGCCAAAAUGAGAAACAGAUGGAACGCAAAAAGUGACGGAACAUUUUUUUUUUUCCUGCCAGUGGUGGUUUCCCGUUGUGGCUUUGCUGUUACUGUCUUUGAAUGUUCCUCUGUGACAGGGCCGUCCUUGCACCAUUUUACAUAUCCAGUCUGUGCCGGGCCAACUUCAACUGGACAACAACAGUCCUUUUAUGAGUUAUUCAUGUCAAUCAAAUGUGGUUCAGACAAGCAUUUUAUGGGGGACAGAUCGUCUCUUGUUACUCUGAUGGUGCAGUGAUGACCUAUUCUGUGGUAUGAACACCGAUUUAUAUCUCCAAUGGCCAUUGUUUGUAAAUACACUUGUUGGAGCAGCUAUGACUAAUUACAAAAAAAAAUUAAAUAAAAAUUCUUUGUCAUUGUUGUAA